UGCUCCGGAAGCGCUUCUCUGUACUCAACGAGGUCAAAAUGGCGACGUGCUGCAUGUGAAGGGGUCGAACCGGGAACCGGCUUUAUGAUCGGUGAACAUGUAUAAAACGCCAUGUAGCAGACUGUCAGGUUUUGUCGGAGUGAGUGUAAAACAGAAAUUAAUUCAAAAUGUUCCUCGAUGUAACCAGACUGCUCGCAGCCUCAUCCAACUGCACAAAAGAGAUCCAUCAAAAUGGCUGACGUAUCAGCAUCUCAACUUCCUCAAACGCCAGUAUGUUUCAAAGAACAGCAGUGAGCUUCAGCAACGUGCAAUCCUCAAACAGACACCUGUUCUUACCAUCGUGGAUGAGAGAGAUGACAGCGUUGAAAGGCAAGUGGAGAGAAUACCAACUAUUGAGGCGGUUCCACAGCCAGAGGAUGUCACCAGUAAAGCACAGCCUGAAAUCUCUACCUUGAAGUCAAAGGAUGUGGCAGCAAAGAAAGGUUCUGUGUCACGUGUUGUUGCCACUUCAGAAGAGACUCCACAUAUCCACGUCGAGUCGAAUGAGGCAAAGCAGGCGCGUCUAGACAGACAGUGGAAAGAGCUGAAGGUUGAUGUGGCCGACCUGCCGGACAUCUAUGCCAGACUGGCCAAAAUCAAACUUACAGCGUUGGUGGUUACGACUGCAGCAGCUGGCUACGCCAUGGCUCCAGUACCCUUCGAUCCCAUCAUGUUUUCUGUGUCUUUGCUUGGAACCGGCCUCGCCUCCUGUGCUGCCAAUUCCAUUAACCAGUACUUUGAGGUGCCUUUCGACUCCAACAUGAACCGUACGAAGAACCGUCCCCUUGUCAGAGGACAGAUCAGCCCUCUCCACGCCGUAUCGUUUGCUCUGGCCUGCGGUGUUCCUGGAGUCGCUCUGCUCACGCUGGCGGUGAACCCGCUGACGGGCUUCCUGGGCGCCCUCAACAUCUUCCUCUACACCUGCUGCUACACUCCGCUGAAGAGGCUCAGCAUCAGCAACACCUGGGUGGGAGCCGUGGUGGGAGCCAUCCCUCCGGUGAUGGGAUGGACGGCUGCUACAGGCUGCCUAGAGCCAGGUGCUUUGUUGCUGGGUGGUUUCCUGUACAGCUGGCAGUUCCCCCACUUCAAUGCCCUCAGCUGGAACUUGAGAGAAGACUACUCCCGCGGCGGCUAUCGCAUGAUGUCCGUCACCCACCCCGCCAUGUGCAGGCGGGUGGCCCUGCGCCACAGCCUGGGCCUCAUCGGCCUGUCCGCCUUAGCGCCGGCGCUGGACGUCACCACCUGGACCUUCCCCGUCGUCUCCCUGCCCAUCAACCUGUACAUCAGCUACCUGGCCUUCCGCUUCUACCGCAGAGGAGACCGCGGCAGCGCCAGGAAGCUGUUCUUCUGCAGCCUCUGGCAUCUGCCCAUGCUGCUGCUGCUGGCGCUCACCUGCAAGAAUCACAGCAGGAAGCAGGAGGACGCCACGCCCGUACCUCUGUCUCUGCCAGCCCACUAGUUUAGAACAGAUAGCCGGACUGAUUCCACAUCAGUGCUGCUGGGAGGUUUGGCUGGGGGACUUUCUUUCUGCCUCUGGUGCUUUCCAUACAUCAGGAAACGAUGUGCAUCCACACAGCCGAACUACAGCAAACACACUGAAUUAUUAAACUGAAUGUGUGUGUGCUGUAUAUACAUAUUCUGUUUUUAUUUAUAGAGGGAGCAGCAGCUUCUCCCUCUGUUGUACAUGACUGAUUUAAAUGACUUGUACGUUGUAAAUUGCUCCACACAGAUCUCAGUGUAAGGCAGAAUUAUAUAAUCACUAGAUUUGUGUUUGAUUUGGAGGUCGUGUGUAUAAACAAUAGGAGGAAUUUAAGCUUAUUCCGACGCAGCUUCAACCUGGUGUGUUGAUCGUUGCUCGACUUUCACUUGAUCCCCGUUACCUGACGGUUAAUCGGCCUCGUUGGGUCAUGAUUCGUUAGCAUAAUGCUUCAUUUCAACAUGGUUCACCGGCACCAAAACAAAGGGAAUAUUUCACCCCUGUACCAAGCAAGGGCAAACGUUCUCCAACAAUAAACACGCCAUGACUGUU